AUGACCGCCACAACCUAUCUUGUCCUCCUGUGCAUUGGCGCCGGCUGGGCCUGCUUCGCCGUCUGGGUCUACUAUACUUUCCAGUUCCUCGUCGUGCUUCGCGAGUGGGAUCCGCUCCUCGCAUCGGCCGGCUUCGCCCACAUCCCCGUGAUCGGACUUCUCGCCACCAUCUUGGCCGCCUUCCUCCUGCGCCGCGUCACCCCGUACUGGGUCCUCCUCGCCUCCAUGCUCGCCUUUGCCGUCGGCGCCGCUCUCAUGGCAGCCGCCCCCGUCCGCCAGAGCUACUGGAUCAACGUCUUCCUCAGCGUCCUCUUGGUGCCCCUCGGCAUGAACAUGUCGGCCCCCGUCGCCACCGUGCUCGUUUCCAACAGCGUGCCUCGCCCCCACCAGAGCAUCUCCGGGAGCUUGGUCCUCACCGCCAUCUUCUCCGCCGUCUCCGUCGGUCUCGGCCUCGCCGGCACCGUCGUCUCCAGCGUCGUUGGCGGUACGGAUAGCGAGGGCGAGGGCGUGUUGGCUGGCUAUAGGGGCGCGUUCUACCUUGCCCUGGGCCUCGCUGGUCUUGGGAUCCUGCUUGCUCUCGUUUCGGCCGUGAGCGACACCCUUUGGCCCGCCGACCCGGAGGAUGGGGCGGCUCUGAGGUUGCGAAUCGGGAGCAAGAAGGCUGAGAAGGCUGCGAUGAAGGCCGUGGUUUGA